AUGAUUCGCGUGCUGCUCUGCGGCGAAGUCCGCGGCAAAAUUGGCGAGCUGCAUCGGUUGCUAGGGGCCCUCCAGAAGAAGGGGCCCUUCGACUUUGCGCUCUGUGUGGGACCCUUCUUUGCGGAUUCACACGGCCUUAGCCUUCCUCCCGAAUGCGGCAACGCUCCUCUGAACGGCGAACGCCCUCUCCCUCCUUCUCCCAGCGAAAGGGGACUAACCGACUCCGCCUUGACAGAAGCCGUGCGGGAGGCCUUUGCCCGGCAGUUUCCCGAAGCUUUUGAAGCCCUUCAGACGCAUUGCAGCAGUCUGGCCCUCCCUCUGUACAUUGUCGAUGAGGCGGCAAGCUUGUGGGUGCAAGAGGCUCGCGAAAAGCGAGGCAGGACCAUCUCCGAGGCAGAUGCAGCUCCUUUCGCGAGCAGCGCUUCCGAAAGGCUCUCCGAGGUUAAGGCCAAAAUCAGCUUCCCCCUCCCCAUCUGCCCCUCAGGAGAACUCUCUGGAGAGUCUGCUCGAGAGAUAGGAGACGCCUCUGAGCGCGACAGGAGGCCUGCCAAGCCUGAGAAGGGAGCUGCAGAGGAGUCUGCUGGGGAGGCGACAGCCGACUCACUGCCCUCCGAGUGUCUGUACACCCCGCUCCCGCUGAUGGAAAAAGUCUGGCUCCUGGCAGGAUCCGGCGUGACAGAGCUUCACGGCCUGCACGUCGCUUUUUAUGCGGCUCCUGGUUUCAGAGAGAUUCCCAAUUGCGCGCUGGAAGCGACCCCUUGCCAGCAGCAGCAACAACAGCCGCAACAACAGCCGCAACAGCAGCAACAACAACAGCUCAACGAGGCAGCAUCUGCAGAGAGCGUUCCUGCAUGCUGGAGUGCCUUCAAGGCUUUUAGAGGCCACACAGACAUCUUCCUUACCACACGCCCCCCUGUAGGCAUCUUUGAGGGACUGCCUCCUGGAAUCGCUCCUCCCCUACCACAGCAGCAGCAGAAGCAGCAGGGAGUCUCUCUUGCUGCUGCUGCUGCACGUCACGGCUAUUCUUUACGUCUCAUUUCUUUGGGCGUUGUCGGCGAGAAGGGUCCGCAGGUGAAGGCUUUUCACGCGCUGCAGUUGAGGCCGAUGUCGUGCAUGCUGGCUGCGCUGAGGCAGCAAGGCGAGCGGCAUUUGGAGGAGGACGCUUCCACUGCAGCACUGACUUCGGAGGAAGCGCAGGCUGCUCUCUAUUGCAUCCCACCUGAAUGCAACAGCCCUAAUCCGUUCGCGUGCGCAAGCCGGCAGCAGCAGUUGCGGCUGCUUCCCUCCUUGGAGGAACUCUCGGAGGAUCACUGUGUGCCUGCGCCUUCUGCUGGCUGCAGUCUGCAGGUGCCUCACAGCAGAGCCUCAAAGCGGCCUAGAGACACGGGGGUGGUACUGGUGGAGAACUUGCCGUACGAGAUUGAAGACGGGGGCAGCCUCCAGGAGGCAAUGCAGCAGUUUGGGGAGGUGAAGUUUGUGUUCGUCCCCAAGGAUAAGGCGUGCCCCUCCCGAGGCACUGGCAAGGCGUUUGUGGUAUUUACAAGCCCUCAGGAUGCGGCGAAGGCUGCGGCCGCUUCGGGGCAGCUUGAGGGAGGUCGCCGAACUCUACGGAUGCGGCUCUACUACGAUCGAAUACCCUUUGAUCGGCCUACUGGAGCCAAGCGGGUUCACUGUGGGGAUGUAAUUGCCACCGAACCGCAUGCAGAUUGCUGGUUCUGUUUAGCGAGCCCUCAGGUGGAGAAGCACAUGAUUGUGGAUAUCAAGGACCGUCUGUACAUGGCAGUACCCAAGGGGGGGCUAACGCCUUACCACCUCCUGCUCAUUCCCAUUGCCCAUUUGCCUUCCCUCGCCUACGCGGAUGCCGAUACACGUCGCGAGGCUGCAGCCAUCGUUGCUGCCACUCGGAAGGCCUUCCAUCAACAGAACCUAGAUUUGGUUGUAUAUGAGCGCUAUGUACCGAUGAAGGCCACGAGAGCCAUGCACUCGCAAGUCCACGCGGUGCCCUGCCACCGAUCUCAGUCUAUGCGGGCUGAAGCGUUGUUUGAGAAACGCGCGCGCCGUGCGGGCCUUGUACUGAAAAAGAUGCCGACCGAUGCGGAUUUGACUGCCCUCGCCGAGCUGGCGAGAGAUCCUCACUUGGGCUAUUUCUAUGUAGAGCUGCCUGGGCUCUGUACCGCCCGCGGCCAAACGAUUGAGCGUUACCUGUACGUACAGCCGGGGAGAGAUAGCCAGAAGAUUCCGAUGAACUUCGGGCGCGAAGUACUGGCGGAACUUUUGGAAGCUCAUGACAAAGUCAAUUGGCAAACCUGUCUAGUCCCCAAAGACGAAGAGGAGAAGCUCGCUGCCCACCUUCGGCAGACGCUCAUCGAUGCGUAA